CGUAGUUCAGCCUUGGCAAGGGAGCAGCAAACUGUGUACCCCUUGUGCGUUCUAAUUGUGUUCAGUUACACUAGAUUGUUUUUAACAUUAUAUGUAUAGAAAAAUUUUAAAUCAAAAGUUUGAAAACUCUCAUUUUUGAAGAGAAAUAAAAUAUUACUGAAUAGUUAAUUGAAAAAAUCUACUAAGUGAGAUAAAAUAUAAAAUUUGAUAAAAGAUGGGAGAUAAGACGUUUAAUUUAACAUGGAAUAAUCAUUUAGCAAAUCUUUCAGGCCUAUUUGAAGGUCUAUAUAAGAGUGGAUCUUUAACAGAUACAACUUUAGCUUGUCAAGGUGGUAUGCUUCGUGCUCAUAAGCUUAUUCUUGCUGCUUGUAGUCCAUAUUUUGAAAGAGUAUUUAAAGAACAUUAUGGUGAACAACAGCCGAUAUUUAUAAUAAAAGGUGUUUCAGUAGAGGAAAUGGAAUGUCUUUUAGAUUUUAUGUAUCGUGGAUCUAUAAAUGUAGCAGAAGAACAUCUUCCAUCACUCAUAAAGACAGCUACAGAUCUUGAAAUACGUGGAUUAUCUGGUGAUAAUAGAAAUGAAAGUAAUAUGUAUUCUCGAGUUGAAACAAAGUAUGAUAAUAACAAUCAUAAUCAUCAGCAUUAUGAAAGUAAACAUCGACCAUUAGAUUAUAGAAAAACGCAAUUUUUAUCAAAACAAAAUAGUAGUUGGGUAGGAGGUAUUAGAAUGGAAGAAAUUGAGGUUGAAGAUGAUCCAAUGGUAAUGGAGAAUCAUGACGAAAAUUAUCAGGAUCUAACUGUAUCGAAAGGAUCACAAAUAGUAAGGACAAUUUAUGAGCGAUAUGUACCACCACCGAUAUUUAAACAACGUAAUUAUGGUAUAAAAUGCGAUAUGAGUGGUGGUAAUAGUGGACACAAACAAAUAGGACAGGUAAUGAAGAAUAAUGAGGCGAGUAUAAGAACGUCAGAUGUAUUACCGAAAGAUGAAGAAAUGAUUGAUGAAAGGCUAAUUAUUGAUAACAACGGAAGAGUGGAAUCAAAUUUUAAUGAAGAUCCGACGGUACCGGCAAUUCAAAUGAACGACGAAGCUGUAGAUCAGAAAAAUGAUUUACAGUGUAACGAAACAUUGGAUGAUUCGGAAAGUUUAAAAACAGUGGAAAUAAAAGCAGAGGUUGAUUGUACAAUUCAAAAUUUAGGAAAAAAAGAACGUAAGGUUGUUGUACAACAGCAACAGCCGCAACAGCAUCGAAGGCAGCAAUGUAAAGCUCAAUAUAAACCAUUUCCGUGUGAUUUGUGUACAUUAGCCUUCACGAGAGCAUCUCAUCUUGCAAGACAUCGUCGAGUGCAUACGGGAGAACGACCUUUUGCAUGUAAUUUAUGUCCACGUAUGUUUGCACGUCAAGAUAAAUUGAAGCAGCAUUUGGAUUCACAUUAUCAGUGGCCAAAAAGGAAAACAUUUAGUAAUUUUGAAAAUCAAAGUUGGAUCGAUGGGAAUGGUAGUAAUAAUAAUAACAGUAGUAACAGUAGCAGAGGGAAACGUGGUAGGCCAAGAAAGGUAAAUAAUGUGAAAACAUCAUUGGUAAUGGAACAACAAGGAGGUGGUGAUAAUUAAAAGGAGAAAUGUUGAAUAUUAUUGUGCGACAAUUGUAAUCGAAUGAAUAAGUUAAUAUUUGGAUAAUAAUAGGGAUAAAUGAUGAAGAUUUAAAUAAUUUGUACAUCGGUAUGAUUUAUACAAAAGAAUCUUGAGUGAUUCA